AUGUCGUGCAGUAGCGAUGAGCAAUCCGAUAAGGAGUGUCCGCUUUGUAUGGAACAGCUCGAAAUCGAUGACUUAGAUUUCUACCCCUGUAAAUGUGAAUAUCAGAUUUGUAGGUUUUGCUGGCACCGUCUGCUUACGGAUGAGAACGGUCUCUGUCCUGCUUGUCGGCAGCCGUACCCGGAGGACCCGGUUACAUUCAAGCCAUUGUCUUGCGCGGAUGUUCAACGGAUCAAGGACGAAAAGCGAUUGAAGCAGCAGGCUGAAAAGUUACGGAUUUCUGAAUCACGGAAUCAUUUAGCUAAUUACAGAGUUUUACAGAAGAACUUGGUAUAUGUUGUGGGACUAUCUCCGCGUGUGGCCGACCCCGACACAUUGCGGAAACCGGAGUAUUUCGGAAGGUUUGGAAAGAUUCUCAAGGUUGUCGUUGGUACUGCACCAACUGCAAAUCACCCUCAUGCACAACCUAGUCACACCGCAUAUGUGACGUAUAGCAAGGUCGAGGAAGCUUUGAGAGCUAUACAAGCUGUUUGCAAUGCUCAACUAGAUGGUCGGAUAGUGAAGGCCUCGUUGGGUACAACGAAAUAUUGCUCUUCUUUUCUACGGAGUCAGAAAUGCUUCAAACCGGAGUGUAUGUACUUACAUGAAAUAGCUGAUAGUGAUAUCAGUUUUACGAAGGAGGAUAUGCACAUGGGCAAGCACGCUGAGUAUGAAAGGAAGUAUGUUUUGCAAAUCACAUUUUUUAUCUUCAGGUUAUUAUGUGGUAAUGAAGACAACGGGGCAGGCAUGGUUCCGGCACCUGCACCCGUUAGCGAGGCGCCGGCGCCUCUUGUAAAUUGGCAGACACUACUGGGUCUUUCACCGCAAGCAGCAACCGGUAAUAACACGACAGCAGCAUCGUAUGCUCCUUCCACGUUACGUCCACCGACGACACCGAGUGUACUUUCACCUUGUAUUUCAGGUCUCGGAGGAUUCACAUCAGAUGACGACCUUGGAUUCGAUCCGUUCAGUGAGUCGUCGAAAGGGUUGGCGAGGUUGCUUGAGGAAGAGGAGAAGCAUCGCCUCCUACGUGAAUCAACAGCUCCUCAUGCAACAACACCACAACCAUCUUCAGCAGCACAGCAGGCGUUUUCGUUGCGAGAUUUGUGGAGUCGUCCAUCGGCGGUGUACCCCUCGAUGAACUCGGCUCAGCCAACGCAGGGAUCACCGUUGGACAUGUUUGCCGGCUUGAUGAACACCCAUCAGCAGUCACAACAGCACCAGCAACAACAACAGCAACAACAACAAUUACAUCAUCACCUACAUCAGCCGCCUAAUCAUCACCACUCACAACAUCAUCAAACUCAUCAGCCACAACAUCGACAGCAGUUUGAUCCUUACUGUGCGCCUCCUCCCGGACUCACACCUCCCCAACGAUCAGCGAUGUCGUCUCAGUCGAUUUCCGAUUGGCAGGAAGGUUUGAAAGCAUUGCUGCCGAAUGUGAAUGUACGUUUCGUGAGCGAUAUCGAAGGUGGUCACAAUGGCAGCAGUCUAUGGCCACCGUCAGCCUACGGUCUCGACGUUAACGGACGCACGAAUCCACAUCACAUCGUUCCGCACGCUGUUCCUCCUCCACCCGGUUUCUCGGUUCCGAAUCGAUGA